AAAAGGGUGGGGUGGUGGGAAGGAAGAAAGGGAGAGAACUCGGGCGGAGCAGGGAAGCCAACCUGAGUAAACAGCAGCCUGAGUGUUCUCAAGGCCGAAAUGCUGAGAGAGUCUACUCCUAGACUGUUGGGUGGUCCAAAUUGGUGGGUUCCCUGGCUCUCUUCUGCCAUUUUCUGCCUCUGCCUCACAUUUUUGAGUCAGGUGGGCUUGCUGCAGGGACACCCCCAGUGCCUGGAUUAUGGGCCUCCCUUCCAGCCCCCUUUGCACCUUGAAUUUUGCUCUGACUAUGAGUCCUUCGGCUGCUGUGACCAGCACAAAGAUGAGCGCAUCGCUGCCCGGUACUGGGACAUCAUGGACUAUUUUGAUCUGAAGGGACAUGAGCUGUGUGGCGGUUACAUUAAAGACAUCCUUUGCCAGGAAUGCUCGCCUUACGCAGCUCACCUCUACGAUGCUGAGAACCCUCAGACGCCCCUCCGGAACCUUCCUGGUCUCUGCUCUGACUACUGCUAUGCAUUUCAUUCUAAUUGCCACUCUGCCAUCUCUCUGCUGACCAAUGACCGUGGCCUCCAGGAGUCCCAAGGAAAGGAUGGUUCCCGCUUCUGCCACCUUCUCAACCUUCCUGACAAGGACUAUUGCUUCCCCAAUGUCCUGAGGAAUGACCACCUCAACCGAAACCUGGGUGUAGUGGCCGAGGACCAUCAGGGCUGCCUGCAGCUUUGCCUGACCGAGGUGGCCAAUGGGCUGAGAAACCCUGUGUCCAUGGUGCAUGCUGGGGAUGGCACCCAUCGCUUCUUUGUUGCCGAGCAGCUGGGAGUGGUGUGGGUCUAUCUCCCAGAUGGGAGUCGUCUGGAGCAACCCUUCUUAGAUCUCAAGAGUAUCGUGUUGACCACUCCAUGGAUUGGGGAUGAGAGAGGUUUUUUGGGGUUGGCUUUUCAUCCCAAAUUCCGCCAUAACCGCAAAUUCUAUAUUUAUUAUUCAUGCCUGGGCAAGAAGAAGGUAGAAAAGAUUCGGAUUAGUGAGAUGAAGGUUUCUCGGGCAGACCCCAACAAAGCUGACCCCAAAUCAGAGAGAGUCAUCUUGGAAAUAGAAGAACCAGCCUCAAAUCAUAAUGGUGGACAACUUCUUUUUGGCUUGGAUGGCUAUCUGUACAUAUUCACUGGGGAUGGAGGACAAGGUGGAGAUCCUUUUGGCAAGUUUGGAAAUGCUCAAAACAAAAGUUCCCUGCUGGGAAAAGUGUUAAGGAUUGAUGUGAAUGGUGCAGGCUCUGAUGGCAAGCGGUAUCGGGUGCCCCCGGACAACCCCUUUGUGUUUGAGCCAGGGGCCCACCCCAUGAUCUAUGCCUAUGGGAUCAGGAACAUGUGGCGCUGUGCGGUGGACCGAGGGGACCCUACCACACACCAGGGCCGAGGCCGGAUAUUCUGUGGGGACGUGGGCCAGAACAGGUUUGAAGAAGUAGACCUCAUUGUCAAAGGCGGAAACUACGGCUGGAGGGCAAAGGAAGGGUUUGAAUGUUAUGACAAAAAACUUUGUCACAACGCCUCCUUGGAUGAUGUUCUGCCUAUCUUUGCUUAUGGUCAUGCCGUAGGAAAGUCAGUCACUGGAGGGUAUGUCUACCGUGGGUGCGAAUCACCAAAUCUUAAUGGCCUCUACAUCUUUGGAGACUUCAUGAGUGGUCGACUUAUGGCUUUGCAGGAAGAUAGAAGAACCAAGAAAUGGAAGAAGCAGGACAUUUGCUUGGGCAACACUGCAUCCUGUGCCUUCCCAGGGCUGAUCAGUACUCACAGCAAGUUCAUUAUCUCCUUUGCUGAAGAUGAAGCAGGAGAGCUAUAUUUCCUGGCCACCUCUUACCCAAGUGCCUAUGCACCACAUGGAUCUAUUUACAAAUUUGUAGACCCCUCAAGGCGAGCACCCCCAGGGAAGUGCAAAUACAAACCAGUGCCGGUGAAAACCAGGAGUAAGAGGAUCCGGUUCAGGCCGCUCGCCAAGACAGUCUUGGACUUGCUAAAGGAGCAGGCAGAGAAAGCUGCUGGAAAAUUAUUGAAUGUGACCUCAGCUUCCAGUCCAGAUCGGGCCCUGUCUCGGAAAGGCCCCUCCAGGAAGCCGGCUUCUCCCACAGGCAGCAGGAAAACUGUGCGAGGGCCUGGUUCAAAAAAGAAAGCCAGAGUGCAGCCCCCUGCCACUCAGGGGAAGAGGAAGAGCCUGAAACCCCACCAUGGUGGGAUGAGGCAACCAGCACAGUGGCAGCGAGCCAGCAGAAGUCUCCCUGACCUUUUGCUCAAGGUGGCCAAACAGGAGAUGUGAGAGAGGAGAACCACGCCAAUGGAGGUAGCUGCUGCAUGUAGACCUUAGAGGUCCAGGAGCUGGGAUGGAGGUGGAGGGAAGCAGAGAGAGCUUGACUUAGGGCUGUGUGGUUUCCUCUCUCUGGGAAUCUUGCUACCCGCUGAAUGAGCAAAUGCACCUAAUCAGCGAGCAGUGUUUCUGCGUGGGGGUGUGUGUCACACAUGGCCAGUGAGCCUGGGCUCUUCUGCACUGGUCUGUAAGCCUGCUGGCAAUCCACUAGUAUCUCCAUGUUGUCUUGUCAGUGUCCAUGACCUGAGGUCGUAAGUCCACAUUUGCUUACAUUGACACAUGCUCUUUGACCUCCUGGCUGUUUGGCAUUAGGAAAUCUAGUAUGCUUUACCACGCUUGCCUAACAACUGUACUUGACUCUCCUGCCUCAUCCCAGGUCUCAGAGGAGGCCUGUGACAGGCUCCCAGGAAAAGCCCUCCCUUUUUACCCUGUGAAACGCUCAUGAAGUGACCAAGACCAGGUUCAGCUCUGUACCUC